GUGCAGGACAGUAUGAAGUUUCCCUUUAAGAAGCAGAUGAGGCUGGAGGUGGUGGAUAAGACUCACCUGUGUCGGACUCGGGUCGCUCUGGUUGAACAGGUGAUCGGCGGUCGUCUCCGUCUGGUCUACGAGGAGUGUGACGAUGGGACGGACGACUUCUGGUGUCACAUGUACAGUCCUCUGAUCCACAGCAUCGGCUGGUCUCGAUCCAUCGGACACCGCUUCAAACGCUCCGAUGUGACGAAGAAGCUGGACAGUCACGUGGACGCUCCGGGGAAGUUGUUCGCCAAGGUGAAGGAGGUGGAUCAGAGCGGCUCGUGGUUCGAGGACGGGAUGAAGCUGGAGGCCAUCGACCCUCUGAACCUGUCUGCCAUCUGCGUGGCCACGGUCAGGAAGGUCCUGGCUGACGGGUUCCUGAUGAUCGGUAUCGAUGGUUCUGAGGCAGCAGACGGUUCGGACUGGUUCUGUUAUCACUGCACCUCUCCCUCCAUCUUCCCCUCCGGCUUCUGUGAGAUCAACAACAUCGAGCUGACUCCACCCAGAGGUUACUCCGCUCUGCCGUUCCGAUGGUUCGAGUACCUGAGGGAAAGUAAAUCAGUGGCCGCUCCGGUCAGCCUCUUCAGCAGUGACGUCCCCAACCACGGCUUCCACCCGGGCAUGAAGCUGGAGGCCGUCGACCUCAUGGAGCCCCGGCUAGUGUGUGUCGCCACGGUAACCCGCAUCGUCCACCGGCUGCUACGGAUACACUUUGAUGGCUGGGAGGACGAGUACGACCAGUGGGUCGACUGUGAGUCACCUGACCUGUACCCGGUCGGCUGGUGUCAGCUGACGGGAUACCAGCUGCAGCCACCUGCUGUUAGCGCAG